CGCCCACAAACUCACUGACUUGACAGCUGAGCAAAGGCAGCAGGACUCCAACCUACGCAGCCAAACACACUGCAAGAUAUCUGCCAGCCUUAGAUCAAAAAGUCGGGCUACGUUUGGGUACACGGCCGUGGUGAACAUGUCUGAGACGACUGGAGACGUGAAGGAGGAGGUUAAACAGGCGAGCAAGGAAGUGAAAGAGAGCGAAAACGCAGCGGAGAAAUACUCAGCCAUGAGCGUGAGCAGAAACAGCGAGCUGAACUGUGGAGAGCUGUCGUCGAUGAGAGCCGUGCCCACUCACAAACCAGUGAAAAAGCAAAUCCAAUUUGUAGAAGAAAAGCAGGAGUUCAGCAGGUUUCCCACCAAAACAGGUCGACGCUCGCUGUCCCGCUCAAUCUCUCAGUCCUCCACAGACAGCUACGGCUCCGCUGCGUCGUACACGGACAGUUCUGACGAUGAAACCUCACCCCGGGACAAAACGCAGGUCAACAGCAAAGGCAGCAGUGACUUCUGCGUCAAAAACAUUAAGCAGGCCGAAUUCGGCCGGCGUGAGAUUGAGAUAGCAGAGCAAGAUAUGUCAGCGCUGAUCUCACUCAGGAAGAGAGCACAGAGUGAGAAACCGUUGGCUGGUGCCAAAAUUGUGGGCUGCACUCACAUCACUGCUCAGACUGCAGUGCUGAUUGAGACUCUUGUGGCUCUCGGAGCUCAGUGUCGAUGGACUGCAUGUAAUAUAUACUCAACGCAGAAUGAAGUUGCUGCAGCGCUGUCAGAGGCUGGUGUGGCUGUGUUUGCUUGGAAGGGAGAAUCGGAGGAUGACUUCUGGUGGUGCAUUGAUCGCUGUGUCAACACUGAGGGUUGGCAACCUAACAUGAUUCUUGAUGAUGGAGGAGAUUUGACACACUGGAUGCACAAGAAAUACCCAAAUGUCUUCAAGAAGAUCCGAGGCAUAGUAGAGGAGAGUGUCACAGGUGUUCACAGGUUGUAUCAGCUAUCUAAAGCUGAAAAACUCUGCGUGCCAGCUAUGAAUGUAAAUGACUCUGUGACGAAGCAGAAGUUUGACAAUUUGUACUGCUGCAGAGAGUCUAUUUUGGAUGGCUUGAAGAGAACCACUGAUGUCAUGUUUGGAGGCAAACAGGUGGUCGUAUGUGGGUAUGGCGAGGUUGGAAAAGGUUGUUGUGCUGCUUUAAAAGCUUUGGGGGGCAUUGUCUACGUGACAGAGAUUGAUCCCAUCUGUGCUCUGCAGGCCUGCAUGGAUGGAUUCAGGGUGGUCAAGCUAAAUGAAAUUAUUCGCCAUGUUGAUAUCGUCAUCACAUGCACUGGCAAUAAAAAUGUGGUGACAAGGGACCAUCUGGACCGAAUGAAAAACGCGGCUCUCGUUUGCAACAUGGGCCACUCCAACACUGAGAUUGAUGUGGCAAGUCUCCGGACGCCUGAGCUGACCUGGGAGAGGGUCCGCUCUCAGGUGGAUCAUGUCAUCUGGCCUGAUGGAAAGAGAGUCAUCCUCCUGGCUGAGGGACGCCUUCUGAAUCUCAGCUGCUCUACUGUCCCCACCUUUGUAUUGUCCAUUACAGCCACUACUCAGGCCCUGGCCCUAAUAGAAUUGUACAAUGCUCCUGAGGGACGUUACAAAAAGGAUGUUUACUUGCUUCCUAAAAAGAUGGAUGAGUAUGUUGCCAGUUUGCAUCUGACUACUUUUGAUGCUCAUCUGACAGAACUUAGUGACGAGCAGGCCAAGUAUCUGGGUCUGAACAAGAAUGGCCCGUUUAAACCCAACUACUACAGGUAUUAGGCUGUCAACCUCCACACCACUGAACAUUUACAGCAUAUGUUGACAGUUUCUGGUAUUACCAGUCCUCCAGACUUCAGAAAGGGUUAUGUAUAUUGUGUCUUAUACUCUUGACAUGAGGCACACAAAUAUUUAGAUUAAUUUUAGUGGUGGCAGAUGAGAUGCAUGUGGCACACUGCCAAAUUUAAAAACUAAGCAUAUCUACAUCAUUCAGACGUCUGAUUAUAGUCUGAUUUUUUUCUCUUUAAAUACCUGCUGGUUCCUGUCUGAAAGCUAUUCUAUAAUAUCAAUAUAAUGUGCCAAAUGAUGUGAGAAAUGUGAGAGUGGAGGGUUAAAUUGAAAUGUGAAUGAUUAGAAACCCCUUUAACUUUCAGAGCACUAUUUUUUAUUAUUUAUGGGAUAUAAACACUGUAUGAGACCCCUACACAAGACAAAAAUGUGUGCUUUGUACACGCGUACAAGCACACAUGGACACAUCACUCUGCUGCUCACUGACCUUUUUAAAAAAACAAAAAAAAAAAAACAACAACAUUAAGCUCAUUGUUUUAGCUCUAUUUUCACGUUUUUGCAUAAAACUGUUUGCAAUUUUUCCAUGUUCUGAUGUAAACUUCUGACCGGAGGAGAAGUAUUUAGUUCUGGACCAAAUCUGAGUUAAAAGGCCAAUUAUUGGACUUACAUUUUCAACAUAUUUUAAUGUAAUGUAAGAUGUUUCUGGGUCUUUACAGCAGGCUGAUUUACCAGUUGAUUUAAAACUUGUAAAUCAAAGCUUUGUUGCUUUGAGUCUGUGAUUUUUAAAAAAUAUAUAUAUUUUUUUUCUACCAUUCAAUGGCCAAAAAUCUUUAAUUGCUGCUUUAAAGUUGUUUUUUUUACUUUGGUAUUAAAACAUAUAAUCACACAAAACAUUCCAUCCAGAAGAGAGAGAGAGAACGAGGAAAUGUCACAAGCUUUAAAGUAUCAUCACUGUUAUCGCUAACCUGUAGAUAUAGAAAAAGAAAAAAGAAAAAAAAAGUACAUUUACUGUUGACUACUGCAAGCAAAGUAGACAAACUUGUCAAUAACUGUCUUUAAAAUGUCCAUUUAUGAAGUUUUGUACCUUGGGGGAAAUUAGCUGUGCUUCAGGGCAUUCAGAACUCUCAGAAUACUUUACAUGUAAAUAUGUUUUACCAGUUCUGCUUUGCGUAUUCAUGUAAACUUUUAUAUUCUUUUAAAAAUAUAAUUUACAAUGGAGCUGAACAUGACUUCAGACACUUUGAUACUCAUUUAUUAGGUUUAUCUGUCCAAAAAUAAAAGACUUUAGUUGUUCAAAUUCUGUGUAGUAUUUUUAUUGACUGUACAUGCAACAGCCUGUAAUAAUUUACUCAUGGUAUUCUGUCAGACAGAGGACUUUGGUCUGUUAGUAAAGCUUGUUUGUUCUUCUUUUCUCAAGAUUUGUAAUAAUAUAGCUAAAAUUUGUUAAGAUAUCAGCACAUCUAACCAAGCAGUAGUGUUUUACCUUCUGUGUCAUGUUGUGCUUGCUGUGUUUCUAAUAACACGACUAACUUGUUACAUGAGGAUUCUUAGUCUUAUAAAGCCUUAAGUAAUGUUUUGUGAGGCUUUCAAAAUGGAGGGAAUAACAUUUACCUCCUUAUUUCCUCAAAUAUAUAUUUUUUAUUUGAGAACACAUUUAAUGGGUAGAUUAAUUUAUUUAAAACUGUAUAAGGUGAAACUUGUUUUGUUUUGCUGAAUUUUAAGCUCUUUAACAGAAAUUAGGUAGGUUCUGUGAGUCUGGCAGUGGCGCUCAGGCGGGGACAAAACACAGCACGUCAAUAGGCAUAUUAAGGUGCUAGUGGAUUUUGAUCAGACUUUAUUCCCGGCAGUUGAAAAAGUGUUAUUGUCCUCACCUAGGUCUUUUCAUUUUAUGUUUUUAAAGUAAAGCUCCACAUGCUUUACGGGCAUUAGAGCCAGGGACACUCAGUGAGCACAUCAUUGUCAGCGAAAUAAGGGCUGUAAUUAUGGUUACUACUCAGUUGACGGUGCCUUGUUACUCACUUUUAUUCACAAAUAGAGCGUUCACACGAGUAGUUGUCGUUCAUCAGUACACAUUUAUAGCUAUGCAAUAAACCCCUGAUCUGCGCUUCUGUUAGAAGUAUUUUACCUCUGCUGCAGCGGUGCAAUGUCAAAUCUGUGUUCAAACAUUAUUCAAAGAGAUAUUCUAGGUGUUUUAAGACAGAAGGUACCAAACUUUAAGGCUCUUUUCUUUAAAAAAACCUUCUGACAUUGUAUAUUUUUCAUCUCAGUUGUAUCUUUUUCCUUUACAACCAGAGGCACUUAUUUCAUUAUGGCACUUAAAAUUAAUUUCUUUUUUUUUUUUACCAAAAAACAGUGGUCAUUGGUUUGAGUUUCAACUCGGAGAUAAAAGAAUGUGUUAUUACAGGCAUGCUGAAUUUAAUAAACAUACCACUGUUGUUACAUAUGGGUACAACAUUCUGUAAAUUAUAUGAGUUACACUGUACACUUAUGUUUUGCAUUUCAUCAGUCUACACAAUGUUUAAAUUGUUGUGCACAAUUUCUUUUAAUAAAUGAUUCAAAUUUGAAA